GUGAUCCGUUCCGGGAUCUCAGUCGUUCUCUCCACAUCUGGGCAGAGUUAAAGGUCCGAGCGAACCGCGGUUUUUCAGAUCGAAGCCAAACCGGAGCGGGAUCGCACCGGGAUAGCACCGGCAUAGCACUGGGAUAGAGCGGGAUUACACCGGGAUAGAGCUUGAUUGCACCGGCAUAGGACUGGGAUAGAGCGGGAUUACACCGGGAUCGCACCGGCAUAGGACCGGGAUAGAACGGAUCGCACUGGAAUAGAGCGGGAAAGCACAGGAUAGGACCGGGACAGCACCGGGAUAAAGCGGGUUAGGACCGGGAUAAAACCGUUCAGGGCAGGAUUGGACCGGGAUAGAACCGGCACAGAGCGAGAUAAAGCAGGAUUGGACCCUGAAAGGACCGGAAAAAAGACUGGGAUAAAACCUGAAAUCAAACGGGAUACGGCCAGGAUAGGACCUGGACAGACCGGGAUAGAAGCGGUAUAGAACCCUGGCGGACCGGGAAAGGAGCUGGAGUGAAGCGGGUUUGACUCGGGCCAGGAGCGGGACCCAGGCUGUUCCGGGGCCGAUGCUGCAGCUUGGACUCAGAUGACAAUGGCGAGUGUGUUGUCCCGACGUUUGGGUAAACGAUCGUUGCUUGGUGCCACUGUUCACACCCCCAGUCCUUCCGGGAAUGGGAUCCUGAUUCCCGGUGUUAUCCAAGCGUACAGGCUAGAUUCUGGGAAAGGCAACUCCUCUUACACUGUGUCGUUUGAGGAUGGUCAAUUUAAGGAGUACAACGAAGACAGCAUCAUUGGACCAGGGUUCCAGAGCCUCUCUCGGUUCAAACUCUACCCGGGACAGAAGGUUUAUCUGACCCACAGUGGGCGGGAGUACGUGGGCCUGGUCGAGCAGCACAAUCACCUGGACAAUGAAGUCCUGGUCUACGUGGAGGAGCUGGACCUACGCUCGCUGAGGAAAAUUGAAGACAUCCGAUUGGCUGAGAGCCGGAAGUCACCGCGCCUCCAGGAACAGGAGAGGGAGAAUAUGAGAGCAACAAGCAAACAGAUGGAAAGCAAGAGGGUCCACUGCUCAGAGAGCAUCGACAUCCCUCCAAGGGCAUCGGGAGUGGUUGAUAUGGAUGAAAUCAUGGCAGCCAUGGUACUGACCAGCUUAUCGUCCAGUCCAUUGGUCAACAGUCCCCUGCACAGCAGCACCAUGCCAGGAUUAGCUGAUUCGGGGAGUGAGUCCGCAAGUGGGAGCAGUGGCAUGUGGAGCUGGGGCAGUGAGACCCCCUCACCCUCCACACCGCCACUCAGCCAGUCGACUGGGAUAGCCCAGGGAGAAGACAGCACCGAAAGACAUGACCCACAGCCACUGCUGCUUGAGGAACCGACAGCUCGCAAACGGAAGAACUCCAUGAAGCUCCUGUAUCGCUGCAUGUGGCCUCUCUGCCAGAAACUGCUCUCCUCACCGGCUGGAAUCCGCAGGCACAUCCGGACUGUGCACCUCGGGCGUGGUGACGGUGAGCAGAGCGAUGGAGAAGAGGAUUUCUAUUAUACUGAGAUCUCAGUGAAUGAGGAACAGAGCCCAGACACUGUGAACACACGUUGCUGCGUGUCUCCACCUGCUGUAUUCCAGGACCAGAAGGUCUCCAUCACCCCAUCACAGGGAGGCACCUCUGAAUACCAGCUCCCGGGCCCCCUCAGUCAGUCUGCUCCCAGCUGCCUGUGGCAUGUCUGUGUUGACCACACCUACCAGAUCUCUCCCGAUUACAGAUGUGCCUUCACAUUUGGCGAUUGCUCUGUCCAGCCACAAGUGACCCUGUUGAAGCCCCACGCUGUUUUUGCCUCUACAAUGCCCAGCCUCAGUGGGCCAAGGAAAGUCCGUGGGGAAGCUAAGAAAUGCCGUAAAGUGUAUGGUGUGGAGAAUCGAAGCCAGUGGUGUACAGCCUGCCGAUGGAAAAAAGCUUGUCAACGUUUCCAUGACUGAUUCAACUAGCCGUUACUGUGGGAACAGAGAGGCUCCCAGUAUCGCCCCCUUCUUGUGGUCUUUAUAUCUGUCAGCUCAUUGUCCCCAGCAUUGGGAAAGGAUGGAUUUAUCUCGGGACAAAGGGCUGACAUUGGUGAAUGUUGGGCAGUAGACUUGGAGCCUGCAGUUGAGGUUUCAUCUCCUCUCAGACUGUGGCCAGAAGGGAGGAAACUCUCUCUAUAUUUUGGGCCAGUUAUUCUCCAGGUUGGAGUCAAGGGAUUGACAGGAAUGUUCUGAUGGACUGCGUCUCUUAGAGCCUGGGACUCAGAGCUACAGGCUUGUCCCAGCAUUGACAGGAACCACAUUCAAACCACCGACCCUGCCUGGGACAGGGCAGGUCUGGUCCCAGAACCCAGAGAUUCCAGAAUUUCAGACACAGCUCUCCCUGAAAAUGGAAUGUUUCUGGAUUUGAUCACUUUUUUUUUCCAGUUGGGAUGGACCAUCUGUCACUGGUCAUUGUUUUUCCUCCAACAGGAAUUCUCAGGGAUUGGAGAGAAAGGAGCAGAACAGCCAAACUUCAAGUGAUGUCACUAAAGCUUCUUCCAAAGCUCCAUGUGUUCGAGUUUUGAAUCUCCCUGAUGUUUCAGAGACUGAGUGAUUAAUGACAGCCCUGGAUGUUUAUAAUGAUCUGGAUCAGUCUUACUGUAACUCCCUGCAGGGGAUUGGAUUGAAGGGAGUGGGAGGAUCAUCAACCUGAUGGACCAGCUGGCGUUGAUGUAGGCACUGGAAUGGACAACAGCAGGAAGAGCCCUGUCCACACUGCUGAAUCCUCUUUGCUAACACUAGAUUUAGAUUUAUUGUCAUAUGUUUAUAAAAAUACAGUGAAAAGUCUUUUUUAACAUGUUAUACACAAUGUGUCACCACUCUGGUGCCGUCUUGAAACACUGAAUAUCAUUCAAGAUUUUACUGCAAUACAGUUCAUCUCUCUCUUUUCUUCAUGUUCCUCCUCCACUGCUCCUCCAGUCACUGCUUGACAUCGGCUGGAGUCUCAGUCGUGGGCUCUGGGGGCCUGGGUUACAGGCCCCAACCACUGCCACUUCCACAACUGCCAUGUCUGAGCUGGAGCCCUGGGCCUGGGUAUGUGCGGGUUCAGUUCCUCCUCUUCCCCAUCCACUGCUCCUCCAGAUGCUGUCGCUGGUUAUCGGUCGUUGGGGGUCCUCCUCCUCUGCCGCUGCCCAUCCCUUUUUGCUGACGCUGCUGUUCCUUCGGGCCCCCCAGGCCUAGCUGCAGACCUAGACUCUUGGCCCAGCCUGUGAGUCUGGGCUGGGGCAGUCAGCCCGGGAGCUGCUUCUUGCUCACUGGGAGACCUCAAGCUAAGGUGGACCUGUGUCCAGCUUGUCCUGGCGUUUCUGCUGCUGGAGGCCUCCUUCUUUACUUGCCGCCCUCAGUCUUUAACCAGACCGGCUGCAGUGAGAAGUUUCAUUCGUAAGCCCCAAACUCCAGCUGGAAGAUUCAAGCUGCUUUUAGAGUCUCUCUUAUCAGAGCACCUUGUCCCUGAGAGUUAAGAAUAAUAUGGAAUCUCCCUUUAUCAUCUCAGGGCCUCAGUUACUGCCUUGUCAUGCUUGUGAGGAGGAAAUCAUUGUGUGCUCACUGGUCUGAUACCUUGAUGUUUUGAGUAUCAUCUUCCUGGUUCUGGUGUUACUGCCCAGUGCUGGGAGCAGUUACACUUCUCCCAUUGUCACAUGCCACUCAGAGCGAUCUCAAUGUGCUCUCUAAUGAAUGUGAAAAUGUCUGCACCAGUAUAAGACCCUGUCCUGAUCAGCCCAGAUUAAUACGAUAAAGCUGGGAUUAAUAUUUACAUAUCUACAGCUGUGUUUCGUGCCCGCAGCCUCUCGCUGUAUGUGUCACUUGACACAGAGUGAAUCUGAACAAAAUAACACACCCACCCUCUACAGCCCCAACCCCAAGACCCGCACUAACUACCGGAUUUAAACAGAGUGAUGGAUUGAAUUAAGGAAUCUUUCUUCCCCACUGUCCUUCUCUCUUCAAACAAGCACAGAGAAUCCUAGAGAGACUCAACACUGUCUGUGGGGAGAGAGAGAGAAACAGGGUUAACGUUUCGAGUCCAGUGAGCCUUCUUCAGAAUUCCAUCCUGUUCCUCAGUCACUCCCUGCCCCCUCCACAUGGCCCUCUCUGCUCCCCUGAACCCCCAAACCAUGCCCCCAGCAGCUGGGCCAACUUGGAAUCUGGCAGUUUGCAUUUCAAACACGGUGUGAGUGAUUGAUGGAGAAAGAUGGAAGUACAUUCAAACUCCCUUCUGAAUUUAAAUAGCGACAUGAACAUUACCAGACUGAAAUGGUUUUCUAUAUUUAUACAGUAGGAAAUUUGAACAGAGUGAAUUUAAGACCCUCUGUAAGUUGAAGAUAAAUUCUAAUUGCUAAUCCGUGGACUACAAAACCCACAAGUGCCUUUAAAAAUCAGUGACUCUAAGAGGAGAGCUCCGAUGGGUCCUGGACACGGUCUUUCCUCUGGGAUUCAGGGAGAAAGAAUCUGAUUGGAUUGGGGUGUUUGAGUGGAUCACACACCACUAACAGGACAAAAAGACAUUCUGUCCGUCCCAUAAAUGAGUCAUGUGGUCUAUGAGUUUUAGUGCCAGUGUGAUGCUAGUAUGUGGUGUCUACAUCACAAUGACUGGUCAAACAGCUGAUUGUAACAGGCAGAAAAUUGAGUCUACAACCAGCACAUGUGUGUGAAACUCAGAACAUUGUGAACAAGAUUAGAUGUGAUUCCGUGAUUGGACAGCACAUUCUGAACAAUCUAGGGUGCACUAUAAAUUAGACAAACAGUCAAUUCAAGGCUCUCAGUCAGGGUCCUAAUGAGGAUCAUUUAGUCUUGCUAGAGACUAUAUGUAAUCACAUACACACAGCCUGCUCCUCUGCAGUGAAAAGGGAUUUGUUCAGACAUUACGCCUUUUCAAUCUAACAGAAACUUGGGGGAUACUGAUCCCUUGGUGCAUUUCCCAUAGCAAUGCCUUAUCCAAGCAGAGUUAAUGUCUUUCAUUAAUUUUAAACAUAUUGGUUGGUACAUGGUCUUGCAGAAUGUACAAGGGAAGAGGUAUUUCCCAAUCAGGACCCCCUUGCCAAUCAAUCAGAACGCUUUUCUUUAUGUAGCAUAUAUUGUUAUUGCUGUUGAGGUUUGGUAUUCUUGCAAUUGUGUCCUGAAGAAUGAAAGAUGAGAAAUGCUGACAGCAUAUCUCGUUAUGUAGCCGUGCUUGAAGUUUGUAAUACCAAGUGACUAUUUGUAUUUUGAUAAAACUUCUUAAUUUUAAAUAAAAAGUGCAAGUUUAAAAUGUGA